UGCUGUACUCUGAGGGAACGCAAAGUGGACAGUAAAGUGUUGUAUGGAGUGUGUCAGCGUCCCGGGGCCCCUUUAAUGCACCAGCAGGACUUCAGAUGAUCGAAGAUGUUUGCAAAAGCGACAAAAAAUUUUCUGAAAUAUAUUGAUGCCGGAGGUGAAUUAAUACCAGUGUCCAGUCUCAAUGAUUCUGAUAAGGCACAACUUCUUAGUGUGGUGUCGAAGAAGAGACGAUUCUGGUUUUGGCAAAAACCAAAGUACCACUUUGCAUCAUUAACAUGUAUGCUGAGUGAUGUACUGGUUGAAAACAAAGCAGUAAAACCAGUUGUAGUGGAAUCAGAGUUUGUGAGAUAUGAAGAGACAUGCGGUGAUGUAAUCAGAGGGAACAUCGGAGCAGAUGUUGGGGCCCUUCACAUGAGCGUUGCUGGGGUAGAAUGUAUAGAAAGUCAAUCUUCUUUUGGCACCCUCAGGAAGCAAGAAGUAGAUCUACAGCAUCUCAUGAAAGAUGUACAAGAAAGGAGAAUCGAUAUGCAGCAUCCAUUUAUUUCCCAGCUCCAUGAGAAUCGUAAUGAUGUACUGUGUGUCCUGAAAGAAAAAAUAGUGACCACCCAAACAUGUGUGAUGACAGAGCACACUCAAGCAGGGGAAGCAGUUGGUGGUAAUAUUGGUAUUAAAGGAAAGGUGGUAAAGGUGUCCGUUAAUGAAAAUGGAAAACUUAUGAAAGAUGAAAACACACUUCUUGAAAUACCUGCUCCCACUGUUAUUGCUUUUGGUGUUGUGGAACUAUAUGUAAAACAAGAUGGCCGCUUUGAAUUCUGUCUUUUGUCUGAAAAACAAGGAGGAUUUGAGAAAGAAAAUGUUUUAUCAAAGUAUGAUUACGAUGACAUAGACAGUGGUAAAGAUCUAGACUUGAAGAGAAAAGUUGUCCAAUCGAACGUCUCCUUAACAUUCUUAAAGCAAGAUCUGCUGGAGUUUGCAAAGCCCUUUUUGGUGUUAGAUGAAAUUCCUGAAGCCCAGCGUCUAGAUUUGUAUAAAGCGAUGUGUGAAAUAUUAUACGAUGUUCAGACAGUUGCUCUGCUACAAUCCAUGGUAGACGAGAUCUGUUCAGGCUACAAGCCCAGUUUGACAGCCUUGGAUGAGUUAAAGUCUUCUCAAAGGAAACAAGCACAGAUCAUUCUGCAUUUUGCAGGAUACAAUAUUCAGAAUGGAAAUUUUAUACAACCAGCCAAGAAGGAUGUGCUUGCAGCCUUGCAUAUCCUCCUGAGUUCUCUCAAUGAGUUGUCAGAAUCUACUUUGGCAAUACUUUGUGCUUGUUGUGACCUUCAGCUAUUGCCAGCACUUAAUGCUUUGCCAAACAUUACAUCCGAUAAAGGACUUUGUCCAAGGACGGAUCCAUUGCUGUUGGAUAUCAUUGACCAAGGCAAAUUUCACAUUGCACAAAGACUGUUUGCCUUAUCAAACUUGAACUUGGAAAUUAAUGAACAAAAUGUACACGUUUCAACCACCAAUCAGCCUGGCUUUCUACCCCUUAUACUUUACAUUGCAGUAUCGGGGUUAAAUGCUCUGUGGAGAAAUUUGAAGUUGUGAAAUAUAACAUGGAACCUAACUCAACCCACUGACAACUGCUUCCAAACCUCUAAAACUGAUCACUCCAGUGCCUACAACCACAACUACCUCUGCACUCCACAACAGUGACAUUACCAAUCAAGUCAGUCGUAGAUGACAAGCAUGGUAUCACAUUGACUUUGUAGGAAAGCUCCCAGCAGGCCACAGGCUGUGCCAUAGUCUUGUGGUACCUAACUGCCCCUCCCUGCCAUUUGAACUCUCAUCCCACCUCUUGCAGCAAUUUCUGCUUUCUUAUUAUACCUCAUCUUUCCCGUUCCUUUUCACUCCCUCCUUCUGUCUCUUUUCUCACCAUCUACUUUCCUCAUUGAAUGCUUCUUCUCUUUCACCCUUGUCUGCCAUUCUUUUUCCAAUACUCCAUAAUAGACUGUGCUUAUUUUAAACUGAGACGUAAUGGUCAUGAGGGCUAGCAGUCUAACAUGGCCAUGAAUAUUUGUUUAACAUAUUCACUAUACAUUAAUAUUUUAUCA